GCAUUCAAGCCAGAUCAUCCCCAACCGAUCCGACCGCCUCACUAUACGAAUCGAACCGCUCUACCUACGAGCCACCAAGGGCGAGAGAGAAAAGCGGCGAGCACAGCGUACGCUGGCGCAAGCCUGCCAUGGAAUCGCCUGCUCCCACGCUGGCCCCGCCAGCUGUCGCCCACCUUCGCGCGCAGCAGGCGUAUCCCAUGGAGCGGUCCAUCAGCCAGGAUAUCCGUGACGAACGCGAAGAACUUCGAGAGGCUGCCGAGCAGACCCUCAAUGCCAUUGUCGAUCUCAACCUCGACGGCACGGUACGGUGGGCGAGCCCGUCAUGGGCGGACGUCGUCGGAACCAAGCUCGAGACGCUGGACGGCAAGCAGCUGUCGGAGCUCGUGGUGAGCGACAACAAAAAUGUGUUCUCUGAAGUGGUGGAAGGCAUGAAGAGGGAUGACUCCAGGAGCCAUCGGAUACGAUUCACAAUGGAGUUAGGCCCACUCUCCAAGCUCAGAUCUGCCGAAGCACCUUCCGACGGCGCUGAAGCCUCGCCUGAGACCAUCGAGCUUGAGGCACAGGGCAUCAUGGUGUAUGAUAGUGCCUCGGGAGGAGAAAGUCAUACCAUGUGGAUGAUCCGUCCGUGGACACCCCCAACCGAAAUCCUCAUCGACUUGCCCGAUGUCAUUGUCGAUUCCCUAGGCUCUGGCGGCGAAGUCCUUGCCAGCUUUCUCAACCAGCUCGCGGAAUGCGGCGGCGAGAACGUUGACAGCCGCGUCAAACCUCCACCGACCGUACUCUGCCGCAUUUGCGAACGCCAAAUCCAGCCCUGGUGGUUUGAGAAGCACACCGAUUUGUGUCUGCAGGAACAUCGAGCAGAGAUGGAUGUGCAGAUGGCACAGGAGAAUCUUCAAGAGCACCGCCAUGCUAUCGUCAAGGUCCUCGACGCUCUCGAGUCUCGACAAAGUCGGCCGACUUCGGGCGAACAACAACAGCAGCAGCCGAACCCCCUACCUUUAGCGGAAUACAAAGGGAUGCCGAUCGGUCCGCCUCCUUCAACACAGUCGUCGCCCGGCACGUCGAUGGCUCGGUCGAGGGACCGGUCGGGCGGCUUUGGACACAAUAGAACUCGGUCCUUUGCCGUUCGCCGGCCACAGGCACGCAUUGUCGAGCUUCUCAUGGAUCUGUGCGACACUGCCCUUGAAGUGAGCACACCAUCGCUCAAGGAGUCGGCCGCACAACAAGACGGAGAGCUACGGACCCAGUCGCCCCAAUCCGAGUCACGCAUCUCCCAGGUAUUGCAGUGGCAGUCACCGAGCACAAACACCGUUGAGCAGGAGCAAGGCCUCGCCGCUCUUUGCGCCGACACGGAGAAGGUCGCAAGAGCCAAGGUCGACGCCGUCUUCCGCCAUCGCAAGAUAAUUGAGUAUGCCGAGCGGAUUCGGGUCGAAUUGGCCGUGCUGGUGCAAGACUGCAUUGACGAAGCCAUGCGCAAGGCUGCCCGCAUUGCGGCUGGCCAAUUCAGCGACACAAGUGAGGACGAGGGCGAGGAGAGGCAGCCAAACGAGUACCCACUGGGCAAUGUCGAAGAAGAAGUCUCCGGCCAAGAAAAUUGCGAGCAGGGCGUACCAUCAGAAGACCGCCCAGCAAGCGUCACGGAUAGCGGCGACGAACCACGCGGACGGGACAAGGGGGGCCCGUUGGACAAGCCUCAGCAUAGUCCCUCAGCUCUCGCUACGGCGCUUCGCCAGGCGGAUCUCAACAGACAAUCACGGCGCUCGCAUCCUCCGUCCGUUGUUCCCUCGACACGAUCGAGCAGUCCACGGGAAUGUCUUACCCCUCGCUCACACUUGGGCGCCCCGGGUGGCAACGUCCAGCCUCGCGACAUACCUCGUGAGCAGCAGCAACAUGUGUUCUCCGAGUCGGAGACCGUCGAGAGCGAAGGCAGCCUACGAUCGUCGUCCCUUGCGUCGCGCGCAGCCACCCGGACAGAGUCCCCUAUAUCUGAGUUUGGCGAUCUGCGGCGAGCGGCGAGCUCGCGUCAACACCAUCGUCGCAGCUUGGUCCUACCGGGCACAUCAUCGCCAGGUCGCCAGCCUUCACCCUCUCGGCCGGCCCCGCCACCAUCACCACUGCGGAUCAAGCCUCGAGGCAUGCCGAUCCCUGGAGAAAUCGUCGUUUCCCCCGAGGGCUCGCCGAUGCUGGGGAGCAGCGAGUUCAGCUCGCCAGUCAUCCAUCCUGUGCGACAUCACCGACGCCAGUCGUCAGCUGCCAUCUCCGACUUUGUCAUGAAGCCUCCGCCAUCACCGAGGCUCCACGCAAACCAGGCACCGCCUCAGGGACGCUCUACGCAGCCCUCGAUCAAAGACUUUGAGAUUAUCAAACCCAUCAGCAAGGGUGCUUUUGGCAGCGUCUAUCUGUCAAAGAAGAAAUCAACGGGCGAGUAUUUUGCCAUCAAGGUGCUAAAGAAGGCAGACAUGGUGGCCAAGAACCAGGUGGGCAAUGUCAAGGCCGAGCGUGCCAUCAUGAUGUGGCAAGGCCAGAGUGAGUUUGUGGCCAAAUUAUACUGGACUUUCUCAAGCAAGGACUAUCUCUAUCUGGUUAUGGAGUACCUUAACGGCGGCGAUUGCGCCUCACUGAUCAAGAUCCUUGGCGGACUUCCCGAAGACUGGGUUCGGAAGUACCUUGGCGAGGUCGUUUUGGGCGUGGAGCACCUUCACAGCCGGGGGAUUAUCCACCGAGAUCUCAAGCCUGACAACCUGCUCAUUGAUCAAAAGGGCCACCUGAAGCUGACUGACUUUGGCCUGUCCCGGAUGGGUCUCGUUGGUCGUCAGAAACGUGCGCUCAACAGCACGACCGAGGCAACCCCUGACCUGCUCAAGCAAGGCCCCUUUGCGCGGUCGACCUCCAUGGCCUCGUCUAGAUCGACGUCGUUGGAUCUGCACGGCCACAGCGGCGGCUCACCGGGCGGCACUCCUCACAUGACCCCUGAAGUCAGCGGACUCGGACAGCCGUCGUAUUUCAGUCUGGGCAAUACGCAACACGAGCAGCGUCGUGUCUCGAGCAGCCAUCGGAGUGAUAGCGGUGGGAGCGAGACGCUCACGCAUAUGCUUUCUGCCUUCUCGCUGAACGACCACGAGGCAGGGAUGCCAAUGUCUAGCAUGAAAUUGCCGCACGACGAAGAGGGAAUCAUUUCAGCUUCUCCCGAGAUGACUUCCCUGAACAUGAUCGCGUCCAAGGCAGGUGCAGAAGCCCAUGCGAAGUCACCGCCGCAGCAAUCAAGUAUGAUGCCUCCGGCCAUGGCACUCUUCGACCCCGAGGACACGAACCGUCGCUUCGUCGGCACGCCUGACUACCUGGCGCCCGAGACCAUCAAAGGCGACAAGCAAGACGAGACAAGCGAUUGGUGGUCCGUCGGCUGUAUUCUCUUCGAGUUCUUAUAUGGCAUACCGCCCUUCCACGCUGGCGAGGCGGAACAUGUAUUCGAAAACAUCCUUGCGCGGAAGAUCAUGUGGCCGCCCGAGGACCCCGACGCGCCCGUCUCCGAGGAGGCAAAGGAUCUCAUCAACAAGCUCCUGUGCAUGGACCCACAGGAACGUCUCGGUGCCAACAAGAACGACAAGUUUGCGUCUGGUGGAGAGGAGAUCCGAGCCCACCCCUGGUUUAGCGCCCUGAGCUGGGAUACACUUCUCGAGGACGAGCCGCAGUUCGUACCUCAGCCCGAGAACCCCGAGGACACCGAAUACUUUGACCCUCGCGGCGCGAGUCUCCAGGCAUUCACGGAGGAAUUGGAGGAGCACCUGUCACCUCAGUCGUCCAGCGCCGGCGGAGGCGGAGGUGGAUCUGACUAUGCCGACAGACCACACGAUGCCCUCUCUCGAGUACGAUCCCAGGUGAACCAGAUCCAUCGAAAGCUGAUGCCGCUGCACAUCCCACCGCACGUUCGGGACUCCAAGUCGAGGCGGCUCAGCGAGCCACUGCAGGCGGAUGACUUUGGCUCGUUUGUCUUUAAGAACCUGUCCGCGCUGGGCAAGGCAAACAAGGAUCUGAUCGAGAAGCUGCGUGCCGAGGCUGUCGCCUCGCAAAGCAAAGCAGCCACUUCCGCCACGAUUGCGGGUGGUGCCAGGGGUGAAUCGCCCGCGCCAUCGGUCGAGGGCAGCCCCGUGGUAGCCCACCCAGUGCAGCGGACCAUUUCUAAUGCCAAAGCAGCCAACCGACCGCAGUCGCCAUCUGGCUAUGGGCACUCCAACGCCUCGCCAAGUCGCGUGUCUCAACCGUCCUCGCCGCUGCUGGUCAGCUUUGUCGCAGGACAGGGCACUGAGGGGCGCCGGAAAGCCUCGAGCAAUUCCUCAAGCCUCUCGCACCAGUCCACCUCGAACCUGCAGCCUCCUACAGGCAUCGAGAUCCCCAAGGUGCCGCCGAGCCUGCAAAAGGCGGCAACGUCGCUUUCUUCCUCCCCGAUCAAGGGCAAGAGCUCUGCUGCGCCGCCUCCGCCCCUUUCAUUGCCGCCGCAGAAGGUGGUGUCGACGCCCAGCAAGGCCACUCACACGCCAACAACCAGCCGGUCGAGGUCGCUGACUGUGGGCUCCCAAGAGGGGAGCCCCGUGACAGCCGAUGCCCUGCAUCGUCAUCGCAGCCGUCGCAGCCAAGUCUUUGACAUGUCACCGUCGUCGUCGGACAAUGAGGGCGAGAAGCACAACGCCUUGUUACGAGUGCAGCGCCGUCGCCAAAGCUCACGUCGACUCUCGCAGAUUGCGUUUGACGGGGGUCCCAGUUUCCGACCUCUGAAUGUGCUCAUCUGCGAAGACCACCCGGUGGCGCGCAUGGUCAUGGAGAAGCUGCUGGAGAAGCUGCGGUGCCGCACCAUCUCUGUGCCUAACGGGUCCGAGGCUGUGCGGUACUCGAUGAGCGAGAUCCAGUUUGAUGUCAUCUUCCUCGAGUUCAAGCUGCCACAGAUCAACGGGACAGAUGUGGCGCGCAUGAUCCGCGAGACCAAGAACGCCAACUCGCACACACCAAUUGUCGCCAUCACGGCGUACCUCAAGGAGCUCCAGGCGCCACACCAUUUUGACUCGCUUAUCGAGAAGCCCAUCAGCUCGUCCAAGCUGACCGAGGUACUACGUGGUCUCUGCCACUGGCGACCGGACUCUCCUGGCCAGGCACCAUCCUCUGGCACGAUGCCACCGCCACCACCGCAGCAGCAACAGCCAGCCUCUUCAGGACUGCGGAGGGCUACCACAACACGAACGGACGAUGCAUCUGGUUCGAGCUCUUCUACGUUUCUACGCCAAGGAUCAUCUGUGCUGUCGUCCGUGAUUACCAGCCGUGAGGACUCAGUCAGCGCGAGCACAGUCUGCGAUUCUGAAUCAGCGACGACCGAUGAGCCUCUACAAGCCCCAAGCCGAAAGGGCACCGGGGAUUGGGACGAUGGUGGGCUGGGCAUCACCGAGCAGGGCGCCUUCUCCGAGGGCAUCCCAAGAAUUCCGCAGCUCACACUCCAGCGCUCCGCCCCUCCCCAACUCGAGCGAACGACUCGACCGACCGACAAGUCAGAGCCUAAGAAGGACGAGGCGGACAAAAGUGUCGCCGAGAGCAUGGAGUCUGCGGACGACGAGGACGAGGAGCUGGGCCAGGUGCAGGUGCGGGAUCGACAACCUCGACGGAGCAAUGGGCCUCAGAUGGGGGGCAAAUCAUCGCUCCCGAGCUCCAAGCUAGGUGUCGAGAUGAUGCGCGCCAACAGCCACGAUAGCGCCAUUGAGUCUGAGAGCACGCCCGAGGCGGUGACCCAGGUCAUGACGACGCCGUGCCACGAGAUGGAGAGCAUGAAUCUGGAAUCGAAAGACGCGCCUGGACCAGAACCAUUGCCAGAGCAGAAGACGCCUCCACCGCAGCAGAGCAACGCGACUGGGUCUGAUGCCGACUCCAAGGGGAACGGGCCGCCUGUGGAUAGCAUGGACGCGACACCACGGCCGCAGGGUCCAAACCGCUCAAGUAGCACUGCAGAAGCGUCCGCAGAGGACGAUGCGACGCCGCGUGCGGCUGCCAAGUGAGCAAUAUCACUGCCGCCACGCAGGCGUAUCCAGUUCUCCUGCUACAAUUUUUUCCUUAUUUUUUUCCUUUUAUUAUUCUCAUUUGUUUAUUUAUCACGAUAUGACAGCGCGGCGUUUCUA